AUGACUUCAUAUGGUAGUGACGAUAAUUUACAAUUCGAAGAGCAUUCAUCAACAUUCCUCGUAGUUGGUGGUGGAAUCGCAGGUGUCACUUGUGCGGAAACAUUAGCAACAUACCAUCCAGAGGAGAGCAUUACUUUAAUAACAGAAUCGAGCAUUAUUAAAACUAUAGCUAAUUUAGAACCCCUAGCAAGAUAUGUUUAUAAAUUUGAUGUGAAAGAGCGGCCUUUGAAUGAUAACAACUCAGGUCAAGCUGCCCUGGCACCUACAAUUUUAACCUUUGUUGACCGCCUUAAGAAUAUCGAGGCGUUGGAUCAUUACGUAAUCACUGAGAACGGUCGACGCAUUUAUUAUAAAUCUAUAUGUCUCUGUACUGGAGCUACACCUAACCUAGUUCUCUGUAACAACCCACGAGUUAUUGGAAUCCGUGACACCGAUUCAGUUUUGACACUGCAGAAGUAUUUAAAAAAUGCUAAAUGUGUAACAUUGUUGGGUAACGGUGGUAUAGCAAGCGAACUGGCUUAUGAGUUGCAUGGAAUUGAAGUACACUGGGUUGUCAAGGACAAUCACAUCGCGUCAACUUUUGUAGAUCCUGGUGCAGCUCAUUUCUUUCAAGAAUCAAUACGCCUUAAGAGAUCAGAGAUAAGCAAUGUUGGCGAAAAGAAAACAGAAACAAAUGCCAUUGUUAAACGACUAAGAUACAAAGAAGCACAAUCGGAAGAAUUAAGUAAAGAAAAAGAAUUGCAUGGUGCUGCUUUGGGACCCGAUUGGCACAGGAAUUUUACUUUGACUGGUAAUGCAUUACCUACAACUGAUUCACCUAUUAUGCACUUCAAAUCACAUAUUAAGGAAAUGAAGGAAGAAAAUAACAAAUUAAUUGUUACUCUCUCUAAUGAAGAGUAUAUUGAAUGUGAUUUUCUUAUUUCUGCCACCGGUGUCGAACCGCUUCAUAAUUAUUCGUGCUCGAUUCCUCUAACUUUGGCUGCCGACGGUGGAAUCGCAGUAAAUGACAUGAUGGAAACAAAUGUUGAAGGCAUAUAUGCUGCUGGAGAUGUUUGCACUGCUAUGUGGGAUCAUGGUAAGCACUGGUUCCAAAUGAGAUUGUGGACACAAGCUCGGCAGAUGGGUUGUAUGGCAGGGCGUAGUAUGGGUGCAAAAUUAGAAAAAAAAGUGAUUUAUCAAGACUUCUGUUUUGAGAUUUUCGGACAUGUGACACAGCUAUUUAGUUAUCCCGUUGUACUCCUUGGGCUAUAUAACGGCCAAGGUUUAGGAACCGAUUACGAGUUACUAAUCCGCAGUACUGCUGGAAAGGAGUAUAUAAAGUUUGUACUACAGAAUGGACGUUUACUGGGUGCAAUUUUGAUUGGGAAUACAGAACUGGCGGAGACCUGCGAAAAUUUAAUAUUAAACGGCAUUGAUCUUACCCCAUAUGGAGACGACAUUCUUAAUCCGGAUAUCGAUAUUGAAGACUACUUUGAUUGAAAGUCAUUACUAAUAAAAUAUUUUGUUUCUAUUCAUAUAAGUAUACAUAAUUUGAAAUUAAAUUAAAAUACGUAAAAUCCUCUGUUUAUUUUGCCUUUUGUCAUUUGAUUUUUGCCUCAUUACCUAAAAAAAAAGUAGAUGCAAUUCUGAAAUAUAAAUAUUUGCAUUCUGUA